AUGGUUGCUACGAUGGACUUAAAUGCUUCACCCCAACCCGAAGAGGAUGACGAACCUUACGUGAGACAUUUGGAAGACUAUUCGUCGCGUGAUGAACGGAUAGAGUCUGCCGUUGAAAUUGCAAGACGGGAACGUGAAGAGAGAAGGAAACGAAUGAGAUAUGACAAGCCAACGCAUAACUCUCAGCCAGUUUUCCGCGACCAGUAUUAUCAGAAUCGAAAUAAUAAAGCUUAUGAUAGAUUCAAGAUUCCUCAAGGUUGGCUAGAUUGCCCUGCUUCUGGGAAUGAGAUAGGAUUCAUCGUUCCUUCGAAAGUUCCCUUGAAUGAAUCUUACAAUAAUAGUGUACCUCCUGGAAGUAGAUACUCUUUUAAACAGGUUAUCCAUAACCAGAGGAUAGCUGGGAGAAAGCUUGGUCUAGUUAUUGAUUUGACAAAUACAACUCGUUACUAUUCUACGACGGACUUAAAGAAAGAAGGCAUUAAGCAUGUUAAGAUUGCAUGCAGGGGUCGUGAUUCAGUGCCAGAUAAUGUGUCUGUCAACACGUUUGUCAAUGAGGUUAAUCAGUUCGUCCUGAAUCUAAAACAGUCAAAGAAGUAUAUCCUCGUCCACUGUACACAUGGGCAUAAUCGAACAGGGUUUAUGAUAGUUCAUUAUCUCAUGCGAUCUGGGCCGAUGAAUGUUACACAGGCAUUAAAAAUCUUUUCCGAUGCCCGCCCCCCUGGGAUCUAUAAACCAGAUUAUAUUGAUGCUUUAUACACGUUUUAUCAUGAAAUAAAACCUGAGAGCGUUGUUUGCCCAUCAACUCCGGAAUGGAAGAGGUCUACCGAGCUUGAUUUAAAUGGUGAAGCUUUGCCAGACGAUGAUGAUGAUGAUGGCGGUCCGGCUGGUCCUGUGCAAGAGGAAAGCCUUCCCGUGGAAGUCAAGAUGUCAAAUGAUGACGUUUUGGGUGAUGAAAUACCCCCUGACCAGGAGGAAGGUUACCGGCAAUUCUUUUAUAGGAUGCUAUCGCUGAAUAUUGGGGGUAGAGGAUGUUCGCAAUUUCCAGGUUCACAUCCUGUCUCCUUAAACAGGGAUAAUUUGCAACUCUUGAGGCAGCGAUACUAUUACGCAACAUGGAAGGCUGAUGGAACGCGAUAUAUGAUGCUGCUCACCAUAGAUGGCUGUUAUAUAGUAGAUAGGAGCUUUAGAUUCCGAAGGGUACAAAUGCGGUUCCCCUUCAGGCACCCAACCGAAGGCAUAUCUGAUAAAGUGCACCAUUUCACAUUGCUUGAUGGAGAAAUGAUUAUCGAUACCUUGCCAGAUAAACAAAGGCAGGAGAGAAGAUAUCUAAUCUACGAUAUGGUGGCAAUCAACGGCCAAUCAAUUGUAGAGCGACCUUUCUAUGAAAGAUGGAAGAUGCUCGAGAAGGAGGUGAUAGAUCCCCGUAAUCAUGAGAAGGUCAGAAGUCAUAUCUACAGAUAUGACCUUGAGCCUUUCAGGGUACGGAGAAAGGACUUUUGGUUGCUUUCUGCGGUUGAGAAGGUGUUGAAGGGAUUCAUACCAUCACUUUCCCAUGAAGCCGACGGCCUAAUCUUUCAGGGCUGGGAUGAUCCAUACGUUGCCCGUACCCAUGAAGGACUGUUGAAGUGGAAGUAUCCAGAGAUGAACUCGGUUGACUUUUUAUACGAGGAGGAUGAGAGUGGCCGUGGAAUGCUCUCCUUGUUUGAAAGAGGGAAGAAGAAGCAUAUGGAUGGAAAUGCCGUUGUUUUUAGAGAGGAUACGGACACUGCCAAGUACUCUGGGAAGAUUGUAGAGUGUUCUUGGGAUCAGGAUGAGAAAGUCUGGGUUAGCAUGCGGGUCAGGGUCGAUAAAUCAACGCCAAAUGAUAUCAACACUUAUAGGAAGGUGAUGAGAAGCAUAAAGGACAACAUCACAGAGGAAGUGUUGCUGCAGGAGAUAAGGGAGAUCAUCCGUUUGCCAAUGUAUGCAGAUCGUAUUCAGAUGGAUAGCAAAGCUGCGCGCCGCAGAUGA